GGAACCUGGAUGUCUCUUUCCGCGCGUUUAGAAUGGUUCAAUCUGUAAUUUUUGAGAAUUUUAGAGAUGUCUAGAUAUUCACCAGAAGAUCAGCGCUUCACCGGCACCUGGGAGAACAUAGCGAUCGAUCCGGGUGAAAAUGUUUCUGAAGAACUGGAGGGCUCACUCUGGAGUCGCCGUUCAAGAUCAGAAUACCCACAGGACGAUGGUCAAACAAAUAGAUUCCGUUGUGUGGAUCAGUCAGAAAUCCCAAAUGAAAUCUCUCAUCAGCAGCGAAAGCGAAAGAGAUCAGAGGAUCUGAGCGGGAUGGCUCCAAAAUCUUCAAAACAAACACCUCCGUCAAGUUCGGAUUGGAAGUACAAUGAGUUGCUACGGGACAACCUGACGAUGGCUCUGGUGGACGAGCUCCACAAAGACGGUCACCUGCUCCGCGAAACAUGGCCUGAGAUCGAGACCAGGCUGGCCAAUAUGGUGACCGAUAGACUCCUGUCCGUGCCACAUGGUCCCAACCCCUUCUUUGACUCGUCGCUCGUUAUCCGGGGCCAUCGGGUGAUCAGGUGCGUCGAUGGCUUCUCAAAGAUCUUCCUAGAGGAUUGCGUGGCCACCAUUGGUGACGCAUGGCACGGCCUGCGCAUCAAACUUGUCCACGCCAGCCAGAUUCCUUGUCAGGGGGACGAGGCAGCCGGGCAAGCACACCAGAGCACUGAGGAAACGGAGGAGAACUCGUUCGGCUGGAUAUUACCUCGGGGAGCACAAUUGUCCCACAUUGCGAUUGGGAAGAUCCAGGAACGGCAGCUGAAUAAGCGGAAAGGCAAUUCCUCGGCAUUUCUGCUUGAAGAUGGGUCGAAAACAUGGAGAGUAAGGCUAGGCCGUGGCCUUCGAGUACGCAUCACGGAGCACUCUCCUCCCGCGGAGAAGAUGAACCAGUCACAGGAGGAAGAGGAGCUCACAGAGGCGAUUAACCAUGCAGUCGAUUUAAGGGGGACGGAACCGAUUUCCCCAUUGGAGAUUGCGGAGUUAAUGGAUGAGAUAGAGCAGGUAUUGGCAACCGAGGAGUCAAUUGGCCGACCUAUUGACGUAGAGCAAGCUCUGCAGACGGAAGAGAUAGAGCAAGAGGUGAGAGCAGUGGAAUCGGAACAGGAGGUGGAGAAUUCGCUUGGCUGGAUAGUCCCACUGGGAGCUGAGCUUCCUGAGACUGUGAUCCUGCAAAUCCAAAACCGACUGCUAAAAAAGCCGCAUGGAAAACGGUACCGAUGCCGUCUUGACGAUGGUUCAAAAACCUGGAGAGUGACCAUUGGCCACAGUAAUCACGUAGGCCUCAGACAAAAUGAGCAAAAUAAGAAUACGGAGAAGGGGAAAGACAAGACGCAGUACAAUCCUGGCGCUGAGGAGAUUACCCAGGCGGAGCAGCCGAACCAGGCAGAGGCGAUGAACCAGUCAGAUGAGAUCGACGAGUCGGAACAAUUGGCCAAGAAAGUGAAGGUGGAGCUGACGGAUGAGAUAGCGCCGUCGGUGCGAAACUCGUUCGGCUGGAUACUGCCUCUGGGAGCUAAAUUGUCUGAUGCUACUGUUCUGGAGAUCCAGGGCCGAGUGCUGAGUAUGCCGGUAGGCGAACGCCGAUGGUUUCUGCAUAGAGAUGGUUCGAAAACCUGGAGAAUCACCGUGGGCCCUGACCAUCGAAUACGCAUCACCGAGCACACUCCUCCACACACAGAUGUGAUGAACCCAUCAAAAGAGGAACAGGAGCAGACAGAGGAAAUAAACCACCAGAAAGACGAGGCGGUAAAGUCGGUACAAAUUGCCCAGACAGAGAAGAUGGAUACGGCCCAGACGGGCAAAAUUAAGAGAAUCGACCAGAAGGAUGAUAUAAAUCAAACGAAUGAAAUGAAGAAAGCAGAAGAUAAGGAGCAGAUGCCGAAAAUGGAGCAGAGGGUGAAUAAUGAGCUGACCGAAGUGAUGGAGCAGCCAAAUAAUUUAAAGCAUCCGGUGGAGCAAUCGUUCCACUGGAUAUUACUACAUGCGGCGCAAUUGACCGACACUGCGAGCCUGGAGAUCCAGAAGCGACUGCUCAAUAGGACGAAAGGAGACAGUCACCAAUUCGUGGUUAGGGAUGGGCCAAAGUCCUGGAAAGUGACCGUCUACGGAGGCUAUCAAGUACGCAUCGCCCAGCUUUCGGAGGAUGCGAAUCAGACGGAAAAGUUGGAGGAGACCGAGGAGAAUUCGUUCGGCUGGACAUUACCGCAGGGAGCUGAACUUUCGGAGACUGCAAUCAUGGAGAUCCAGAACCGACUGUUGCAUAAGCCAAAUGGAAAACGAUACAAAUUUAUUCUUACGGAUGAGCCGAAAACUUGGAGCGUGACUCUAGGCGGAGGCUAUAUGGUACUCAUUGCCCAACAGCAGGAGAACAUGGAGCAGGUUGAGGUCAAGGAGCAGGAGGAGAGUGCGAAGCAGACGAAGGAUACGGAGCAACCGGAAGAAAUAGAGCAAACGAAAAAGACGGAGAAAACGGAGAAUUCCUUAGGCUGGAGUUUACUUGGUGGAGUAAAUCCUUCCGAAACUGCUAUCCAGCAAAUUAAAAGUCGGCUAUUAAAAAGAAAGAGUAGAAAACGUUACCGAUUCCUAAUUAAAGAUGGCACGAUAGCCCUUAGAGUAUCCUUUAUGGGUCAAAGAGUACUAAUAGCGAAGUACUAUCCUUCAGGGGGAACCAGGCAGCAUAUGGAGGAUACGGAACAGACGGUGAUAAACGAAAAGAAAGAAUAACAUUUAAAGGUAAAAACUUUUAUAUCAAUACGAAUUUGAAUUGAUUAAUCUGCUAUUUUAUCACAUUGUUGAUGAAAAACAAAAGUUUAACAAAUUUAUCCUGAAAAAAUUCAAUGUUUUGUUUAAACAUUCAAAAUCUUUAAGUAAAUUUAAGAAAAUCAAUGUUAUUGAAAAAACAUCACGCUCAUUUAAAACUUAGUAUACAUAUAUAAAAAAAAUGCUUUCCUUUUUUUUGUAUUUUCAAAUAUUUAAGAAAUUUAUUCAAAAUUAUCUAUGGUUUAAAACACCGCUAAAAUCAUGGAACUUCACCAUUCAUUGGCAAAAUUAAAGGUUUUUUUAGGCAUUUUUUCCCUGAUUAUUUGUGACGUAUUUUUGUUUUGCGUGGUAAAUCCAAUCACAACAUUGAAAUAAGUUUAUUCAAAUGUAUAAUAAUUGGCCAAAAUUGGAGCGGAGUCCCUGCUCCUGGGACAAAAUGAAGGCUGAACAGGACGACAAUUCAAUUGACGAUGAUGAUCAAAAAUGUUACCUCUGGCGUCGCCGUGCUAAAUCCGAAUCCCCAACUGAUGUUUAUGAAGAUAAGCGGUCGUUUUUCCCCCAGGACAACAGCCAAGUCAAUGGAUU